AUGGAGGAGGCCUUGUUACUUCCAAAAGAUAUGUCUGAGCUGAGGAAUAUCAGGAAGAAUGAGGUCUUCCUCAAUUGUAAAAGAUAUUUGGACAUGGCUGUCCAAGCCACUUUCAGGCUUGAGGAGAUAACCAAUUCGUGCUACCAGCAACUGGAAGAUGAAAGAAAAAGACGGAUAGCAGCUAUGCAAACACUCACCAUUGCUGAAAAUAGCAAUGCCGAACUGAAGAAAAAGCUGGCUGAUAAGGAGCAUACCCACCAGAGUGCUGACUCGGCCUUGGAGGGCACGCAAAGGCAAGUCGAGGACCAGAGGAAGCGCCUACGCGAGACCACUGAUCAACUGACUGCUUCCAGGGAACAGAUGGCAGCACUCAAGAAACAAUUGGAAGAAGCCCAAAGGCUUAAGGAUCAGGCUGAAAAAUCCAAAGCUGAGGCUGAGAAGGCAAAGAUUGAGGCCGAGAAGGCUAGGGACAAGGCUGAACAAAAGGGUUACGACCUUGGAGUAGUUGAAACCAAGGAAACCCUUAGGGCAAAGGUCCCAGCUGUGUGUCGUAUCUACUGUGCCCAGACUUGGGAUGAAGCCCUUAACCGAGCUGGGGUUGAGGCUUCUUCUGAGCUGAGGAAAUCUGAAAAUAUAUUCUACCCCCCUGCCAUACGAGCCUCAGACCUCCCUUCUACUCAAGGUGAAGUGGCUUCUAUAGUUGCUGAUCCGAUUAAAGAAGCACAGCCUCAGGAUCCUCCUUUUCCCAGUCAGCAGUGGCCGAGAAAAGAACCUGGAGCUCAACAAGAAGUACCCUUGGACAAGGCUACAGCGGUUCUAGAAGUAGGAGCAGCUUUACAGGGCCUUCAACAGGACUUGGCUUUAACUACCAUGCCCGCUGAGGGAGCCUCCAAAGAUAAGGAAGGAACGACUACUACGGAAGCAGAUAACCCAGCUAACAAGAACUCCAAGUUUCAGAUUAAAUUGAAAAAAUGA